GCCGACGAGGAGACUAAGCGGUUGUCUGGCGCCGCUGCGUAUUUCUUCUACUACUGCCCUCCUCUUUCCUUCUUGUUGGCUUCGGCGGCUGAGGCGGGGAGAUCAUCAAAGGCCAUGGAGAGCACUUUGAAGGAGCUGAGGCCGGAGGGAGAGUCAGUGAUGGAUCCCAAGUGCUUGGUCGGCGGAGGCGUGGAGGACCCCUAUGGAGAAGACCAGGCCACUGUGGAUCAGCUCGUCACGCCCUGGACUGUCACCGUUGCCAGUGGAUAUUCUUUGCUGAGGGAUCCACGCUUCAACAAAGGGCUUGCCUUCACCGAGAGGGAGAGAGAUUCUCACUACUUGCGCGGACUCCUACCUCCAACAUGUUCCACUCAAGAGCUUCAGGAGAAAAAGUUGAUGAACAAUAUUCGUCAGUACCAACUUCCACUUCAACGCUACAUCGCAAUGAUGGAACUUGAGGAGAGAAAUGAGAGGCUAUUUUACAAGCUUCUGGUUGAUAAUGUGGAAGAGUUACUUCCUAUUGUGUAUACACCUACUGUUGGUGAGGCCUGUCAGAAGUAUGGUUCUAUUUUUAAGCGUCCUCAGGGCCUUUAUAUCAGUUUGAAAGAGAAAGGAAAGAUCCUUGAGGUCCUGAAAAACUGGCCUGAGAAGAGCAUUCAGGUUAUUGUAGUGACUGAUGGUGAGCGCAUUUUGGGUCUUGGAGAUCUUGGCUGCCAGGGAAUGGGUAUUCCUGUUGGCAAGCUUGCUCUGUAUACUGCUCUUGGAGGAAUUCGCCCUUCUGCUUGCUUACCAAUUACAAUUGAUGUUGGUACGAACAAUGAGAGUCUGCUUAAGGAUGAAUUCUAUAUUGGCUUACGUCAAAAAAGAGCCACUGGACAGGAGUAUUCUGAAUUACUGCAUGAGUUCAUGACUUCUGUCAAGCAAAACUAUGGGGAAAAGAUUCUUAUCCAGUUUGAGGACUUUGCCAACCAUAAUGCUUUUGAAUUGCUUGCAAAAUAUGGAACAACCCAUCUUGUUUUCAAUGAUGACAUUCAGGGCACAGCUUCAGUUGUGCUUGCAGGAGUUGUGGCAGCUCUAAAGAUGGUUGGUGGAACAUUGGCAGAUCAAACUUUCUUAUUCCUUGGUGCAGGGGAGGCUGGUACUGGUAUUGCAGAACUCAUAGCUCUUCAUGUGUCAAAAGAGACUAAAGCACCGUUGGAAGAAACUCGAAAGAAAAUUUGGCUUGUGGACUCGAAGGGCUUGAUUGUUAGCUCACGCAAGGCAUCUCUCCAGCACUUCAAAAAGCCAUGGGCACACGAGCAUGAACCAGUCAGUACCCUCUUGGAUGCUGUCAAGGUUAUGAAGCCUACUUUUUUGAUUGGCUCAUCUGGAGUGGGAAGAACCUUCACUGAGGAGGUUGUCAAAGCCAUGGCCUCUAUCAAUGAGAAGCCCAUUAUUUUGGCUCUUUCGAACCCAACUUCACAAACUGAAUGUACAGCAGAGGAAGCCUAUACUUGGACUGAGGGUCGAGUGAUAUUUGCUACUGGGAGCCCGUUUGAUCCUGUUGAAUACAACGGCAAGACAUUCGUCCCUGGCCAGGCAAACAAUGCAUACAUAUUUCCUGGAUUUGGCCUUGGCUUGGUGAUGUCAGGAGCUAUUCGGGUGCAUGAUGACAUGCUUCUUGCAGCCUCUUAUGCUUUGGCAGAUCAGGUGACUGAAGAGAAUUUUGAAAAGGGCUUGAUCUAUCCUCCCUUCUCCAACAUCAGGAAAAUAUCAGCUCAUAUUGCUGCGAAUGUCGCAGCCAAAGCAUACGAGCUUGGUUUAGCAACACGGCUUCCUCGCCCCCAAGACUUGGUUAAGCAUGCAGAGAGUUGCAUGUACUCCCCCAUUUACCGCAGCUAUAGAUAAACUCAACUCGGUAACAAGUUAUCUAGGUGAAGCAGAUGCUACUUGUCUUUAAUAAAAGCUUGCAGUUUGAAACUGGAGAAUGUAUCCCUCCAGCCGCUGAAAAUAACUACCAGAGUGCUACUUGUCUUGAUAAAAGCUUGCAGUUUGAAACUGGAGAAUGUAUCCCUCCAGCCGCCGAAAACAACUACUUGAGCUGCAUAUGUUGUUCGAUUCUCCUCUCUUUUUUCUUGGAAAACCUUGCUCAAUCCCUUGGGGGAGUAUGUCUGUAAUGAAUAAAUUUUGUGUGCUGGAAAAUAUCUUCGACUGGAUGUUUUCUUAUAAAGCGUUGCCUUGAGUUGUCUGGUGACGGCUUUCCUCCUA